CAUCUCUCUCUCUCUUCCAGGCGAAAAUGAUAUCCAAUCACAAUUAUCCCGUAGAAGAGCACACAGUGCACACACCCGAUGAUUAUAUCCUUACCAUCUAUCGAAUACCCGAUUCACCGAAUUUACGCGGCACAGCGAAUUCAACAGCCGUUGCACGCACCUCCAAGCCGGUCGUCUUUCUGCAGCAUGGCAUACUUUGCGCCUCAGAUGAUUGGAUACUCAACGGUCCCGAUACAUCGCUGGCCUAUAUGUUUGCCGACUCCGGUUAUGACGUGUGGCUGGGCAAUGCACGUGGCAAUACCUAUUCGCGUCAACACAAGCACAAACAUCCGGAUUCAUCGGAUUUCUGGAAUUUCAGUUGGCAUGAGAUUGGCGUUUAUGAUUUGGCUUCAAUGUUGGAUUAUGUGUUGGUCGAGACAAAUGAUACCGCCGUACAUUUUGUGGCGCAUUCACAAGGCACCACCACAUUCUUCGUACUCAUGUCAACCCUGCCCUGGUAUAAUGAGAAGGUGAAGACGGUGCAUUUGCUGGCGCCCAUCGCCUUUAUGCGUAACCACUCGUUUAUGCUGUCCAAGUUGGGUGGCCUGUUCUUGGGUUAUCCUUCGUUUUUGAGUUGGGUGCUGGGCGGUAUAGAGUUGCUGCCGAUCACCAGUGUACAGAAGCUUUUGUGCGAAUAUGUAUGCUCGGCGGAGUCUACAUUUCGGUUUUUGUGCUCGGGCAUUUUGGAUUUUCUCGGCGGUUGGGGUACGCGGCAUUUAAAUCAUACAUUGCUGCCACACGUUUGCGAAACCCACCCAGCCGGUGCCUCCACCACCCAAAUCAUUCACUACCUACAGUUGUACACCUCUGGAGAUUUCCGUCAAUACGAUCAUGGCAUCGAAUUGAAUAAGAAAUAUUAUCAACAGGAGACGCCGCCAUCCUACGAGGUCCAUCAGAUCUCUAGUUGUGUAAAUAUGUAUUAUAGCAACAAUGAUUACAUGUCAGCUGUUGAAGAUGUGGAAUAUUUGGCAACACUAUUGCCGUGCGCGGAACUUUAUCGCAUACCCUACGAAGACUGGAAUCACUAUGACUUUUUGUGGUCGAUAAAUGUGAAAGAAGUGAUAAACGAUAGAAUUAUUGAUAAAAUAGCGAGGCAUGAAUUGGAGAGUUUAUGAAAUUGUACUAUACUACAUACAUACAUACGUGUAUAUAAUUUAAGGAGCAGCACAUGCACAUGCUAUGUAGUCACAAUUAGAGUAUAUGUAUAGAUGUAUGUACAUAUUAUGUAUUGCAAUUACCUAAGGUACUGAGUGCAAAUAUUAAUUUAAUUUUAUUUGUUUUUGUUUUUUUUUUUUGGAAAUUUGUUUUUCAACAUUUUAGUAUUAUAAAUGAUUAACUAAAUAUGAAACGAAAAGAAUACUUUAUGAAUAUAUAUAUAUGUAUAUAUAUAUAUAUAUAUCUAUAUAUGUAUAUAUGCAUGCUUGUUAUUAUAUGUAUAUGUGUCUGUAUGUACCUUCCAUAUGCUGUGAGACCAAAAAAACCAAAAAAAAAAAAAAAUUAACAGAAGAAAUGAAAACCGAGACUUAGUGAAAAGAAGAAAAGAAUGGCGUUCUGAAGACGCGAAUACUCAAAGGUUUGUGAAUUUUUCGCUUAAGAAAUUAGACAAUAUUGUAGUAUUUAAAAAAAUACAUAGUAUAUGCAUAUACGUUUGUAUGUAUUGCAAAAUAUAUACUUUAUUAUAUAUGUAGGUAUGUGUGAAUUGUAUAAAUACAUAUGUAUGUACUUGAUGUUUGUAAAAUAAGAGAGAAUAACUUUUAAGUAUCCACGCUGACUAAAACUGAAACGCUUUUUACGAGUAACGAAUAAACGAAAAAAGAAAAAAAA